CACGGGUACUCCCGUGUAAAAAGCACCAUCUCUCUCUCUCUAUACCCUUUGAUCUGUCUAUCAAAACUCAAAAGUCACAACCCGAGGAUUGAGGAAUUGAAAAGAUCUGCAGCACAUUUCGUACAUACAGUUUGAUAAUGAAGAAUUCAACUUGCGCAUUUGCUUUUAGUGAGAAACAUAGGGAGAUUUGUGGGUCUCUCCUCGAUUAUCAUCUCGGAUCUUCAUGAUCAUUACUCUGUUCUUGAAGCUUAGUACUAAGGUAAAUUGCAUAGAAGCAUCACCAUAGGAGCUUAGAUGGAGACUGCUACCCCUCCAAGGUCGAUAAAACUCACAAUCAAAUACAAGAGAGAUAAAAGCAUCACCAAUUGCUCGACUACCCCUGAUCUCCCGAACAAUGCUGAAUACGAAUGUUCUAAAAGUCAGGCACAUACUAAUUCUACCGAACAGGAACAAAAUAACAGCCCAGAAGAAGAUGAAGAAAACCCUUGUACAGAAAAUUCCGAAUAUCAGUUGGUUCUCUAUGACCCAUCAGUCAACGAGGCCAGCGAUUCAGAAAACGAGCUCGAAUCAGUUAAUCAGCAACCUCCUUUUCACAGAGUGCAUCCAUUUUCAGAUCAGACCCAACGUGUUCUGCCAUCAAUAGGGGCUUUCACAGUUCAAUGUGCCGAAUGUUUCCAAUGGAGGCUCAUCCCAACAAAGGAGAAGUAUGAGGAGAUAAGAGAGAACAUCAUAGAACAGCCAUUCACGUGCGAAAUGGCCCGUGAGUGGAAGCCCGAUAUAUCGUGUGAGGAUCCUCCUGAUAUAACUCAAGAUGGCAGUCGGCUUUGGGCCAUCGACAAACCUAGCAUUGCUCAGCCACCUCCUGGUUGGCAGAGGCUGUUGAGAAUCAGAGGAGAAGGGGGCACCAAGUUUGCGGAUGUGUAUUACGUUUCACCUUCAGGCAAGACACUUCGUUCCAGGGUGGAGAUCCAAAAGUACCUAAAUGAACACCCCAAAUACAUGCAUGAAGGGGUGAACUUGUCUCAGUUUUCUUUCCAAAUCCCAAGGCCAUUGCAAGAAAACUAUGUGAGAAAGCAUCCUACUGCUCGUCCUUUACCUGUGAACAAUUCUAGUCAACAUGCACUGCCAGGAUAUCUUCCACCUUCAGAAGCUAAAGCCAUAACAUGGGUAAGUCCCAACACAGACUUGCAGCUUAAUGGUUUUGGGACUCCUGGUAAGGAUUUCGAAAGACGGUCAUCAAAAAAGAAAAGGAAAAUUCAAAAAUGGAAUCCUGAUUUGGUCAUUAACCUCGAUGAUGAUGAUGUUGAUGAUGAGGUCAGCAUUGCGGAGCCUCAUCAGCUUUGACAUUGUCUCUCGUGAGAUGCAAUCUUUUCCGAUUAGCCAGCUUUAUCUUGGCAAUGCCUUAGCAGCGUAAAACUUGUGUGGUUAAGAUCUUUGAGGAGACAUGUUAUGUUUUGUUAUGUUUUAAAUGAGCUUUUUAAAGCUUUUGUAUUCUCCAUGUUUUGGUGUAAGGUGAUUGUAAGUUUAAUGUUGAAGUAUGUUUUACGCUGGUCGUGCUGCCUGCUGGAGAUCUUAGUUGACCUAAUAUAUGUACAUAUUAAUGUGUUCUUCUUUCUAAUGUCUCUUAUUUUUCUUUCUUUUUCUGUUUUUGUUAUUGAGUUGUCUAUGCCUUGUGUGGAUUUUGGAUGAG